CGGGAGCUAAGUAAAUGUCAUUUGAUCUCAACUUAAAAAUUGGCUGUUAUCCAGUUUUUAUCAUAUCUCAGUUGACUAGGGGUGUCCAGGCCUACAACAGCAAAGAAUAUACACAUCUUGUUCUUCAGCCUUUUAGGCUUUGUUGAUCACAAAAAGAUGACAGUUUUGGGCCAGAAAUGAAGUUACGGGAAGCACUACCAGAAAGAGUAUAUAAUUCCAUUAUAGUUAGACUUGAGUUACCUUAAAUCAUUGUUAUUCCUUUGAGGGACCCACCAUUGAUAAUGGUAUCAGUACGGAAUGCACCACGUUUGACUCGACGUUAUACACCAUUUUUUAAUGUACUUUUCUGCUUCAUAUUGGUGGCACUGGUUUUAGGGGGGCUAAGUACCUUAUGGCCAUGGAAUAGUGAAACUCCAAAGCGUGAAUUUGUGCUUCAAUCAGAAGAAUUUGCUCCUGUUGCCACAGUUUUAUCUACAGAUGCUUUAGCAAAAUCAACAAAGUCAUCCUGUACAUUCUACAACUGUUUUGAUGUUUAUCGCUGUGGUCAACAUGGCUCAUCUUUAACUGUGUAUAUUUAUCCCAUUCUAAGAUAUGUUGAUGAGAAUGGUUUGCCAGUGAUGAAUGCCCUAUCUAAGGAAUUCAUGGAGAUUUUGGAAGCUAUUCAAGAAAGUAAAUUCUAUGUAACAAAUCCUGAUAAAGCAUGUAUCUUGGUACCUGCUCUUGACUUGCUAAAUCAGAAUAAUUUGCAUCUCAAAGAAACAUCACAAAUAUUAGCUGGCCUGCCAUAUUGGAAUUCUGGAAUAAACCAUCUCCUGUUUAACAUGUUGCCUGGAAAUGUUCCUAAUUAUAAUCCCUGUCUGGAGGUGGAAAGGGAUAAUGCCAUUGUGGCUGGAGCAGGAUUGUCUACUUGGACAUAUCGUCGAACUUAUGAUAUAAGCAUCCCUUUGUUCAGUCCUUUGAGUCAAGACUUCCAACAUGAGACAAUAGAAAUCAAUGAGAGCCCAAGAAAGUGGUUGAUAGUUUCUCCCCAAAUCAACAUUCAUUCAGAGUAUCGAGAAGAAUUAGAAGAGUUGAAAGAAGAGCAUCCAGAACUCCUUGUUUUGGAUGAGUGUAUUCCAGCUAAACCUGAUAAUGCUACAGAGAGAUGUCAUGAUGGUGAGACUUACUUCUACCCAUCCAUUUUAAAGAAUUCUACUUUCUGCCUGGUACUACAAGGGGCAAGACUGGCCCAAGCAACUCUCUCUGAUGCCAUGAUGUAUGGAUGUAUUCCAGUAGUUGCCAUUGAUGGAUAUGUUUUACCCUUCUCUGAAGUUUUAGACUGGAAAAGGGUAGCAGUGAGGCUUCGUGAAGACCACCUACAUGAUUUGAUUCACAUUCUAAAGAGUAUAUCAGAACACCGUAUUCUAGAGAUGAGGAAACAAGCACACUUUAUUUGGACUCAGUAUUUUUCUUCCAUUCAGAAAAUCACACUGACAACCUUACAGAUUAUUAACGACAGGGUGUUUCCACAUUUUGCUCGAACCUAUGAAGAAUGGAAUGAUCCACCUUGGAAAGAAGGAACAACACCCCCUUUAAACCUACCUGUCAUUGUUCCAAAGUCUCAAGGAUUCACUGCUGUUAUCUUGACCUAUGAUAGAGUGGAGAGUCUAUUUAAGGUCAUUCGGCGUGUUGUACAGGCACCAAGUAUAGCUAAGGUUCUUGUAGUGUGGAAUAAUCAACAAAAACACCCACCACCUGCAACCUCUUGGCCUAAAAUAAACAAGCCCUUGAAAGUGGUCCAAACAAAAGAAAAUAAGCUAAGUAACAGGUUUUAUCCAUAUGACGAGAUUGAAACAGAAGCAGUUUUGGCAAUCGAUGAUGAUAUUGUGAUGCUUACAGCAGAUGAACUGGAAUUUGCGUAUGAGGUAUGGCGGGAAUUUCCAGACAGAAUUGUGGGGUUUCCAUCACGAGUCCACUUGUGGGAUAAUAAUACUGGCAAAUGGAAAUAUGAAUCUGAAUGGACCAAUGAAAUAUCUAUGGUACUUACAGGGGCUGCCUUCUAUCACAAGUAUUAUAGCUACUUGUAUACUACGUCUCUACCUGGUGACAUUAAGACAUGGGUGGAUUCACGAAUGAAUUGUGAAGAUAUUGCCAUGAACUUUCUUGUGGCUAAUAUCACUGGUAAGGCUCCAAUCAAAGUGACUCCACGAAAGAAAUUUAAGUGUCCUGAAUGCACUAAUGUAGAAAUGUUAUCUGCUGAUGUUAUUCAUAUGGCUGAGAGAUCAGAAUGCAUCAACAAGUUUGCACAGGUGUAUGGAAAAAUGCCUUUGAAGACUGUAGAGUUUCGUGCUGACCCAGUACUUUACAAAGAUAACUUCCCAGAAAAAUUAAAACGAUUUAACAACAUAGGAAGUUUGUGAAUUAAGUAUCAGAAAUAUUAAAAAAAAAUAUCUCUAACUUACUGUCACUUUAAGUUUACUUUUGUAUAAAGAUUUCUGGAUAAUUUUGAAAGUGAAUGCAUCUUGUGAAUCUUAAAAUAUUCAUUUUUAAGUUCAGAAGUUAAUAUCAGUUUUACUUGCUCUUAUGAAAACGUAUGUUUGAUUUUGUAUCGAAUGAAUUGCAAGAUUAAGUUUUAGUAGUAAAUUAAAGUUAAAUAUCUGUUCUAUCAGUUUUAUAGUAAGUAUGUUUUGUCUCAAAUUUAAAGUGACAACUCCUGUUAAAGCAUUUACAUAGGUUGUGGAAACUUUUCUGAAUUGUGGGGAAGAAGCUGGAAUUCAUUAUGUUCUUCCUUCUGUAAAACGUAUUGAAAUUUGACUUCCAUAUCUCGUUUAUAAAAUGUACACUGUUUAUUAUAAUGGCAUAUUUUGUUGAAUUAAUUUUUUGUUUUUAUGGCUUUUAUUUGUUUUGUUUGUAAUUGCAUUAUGUAAUUUUUUUUUAAUGAGCCUAACAAGCUUGUGUUGUUGCACUUUUAAUUGUGAUUAAGAAGCAAGAUAACCUUCUACAAUGCUGCACUGUUGCUGCUCAGUGCUGAGAGGUAUGUGUUAUAAUAUUAUUCAACAGUCCAUGGGCAAGAAGACUGAUUAUAAUUCUAUCAUUUUUUAUCAGUUCUUUUUUCUGUUUCUAGAAAUCUUUUGACCAAUUAUUCAGCAGCAUUUUUGCUGAAAUUUAUCUUCAGCUUUAUUUAGCUUUUCUUCUUUACUUGUUUACAUAAUCACACAUCAAUGAAUGAGUCACUUAGAAUUUACCAAAAUUAUCAAUGGGCCGCUCAUAACUAAAUGGAACUCCUUAGCAAUUUCAUUCAUGUUCAGUUCAUCAGCAAAUUGAUCACAUUAUCUUGGUUCAUUUCAUUGUUGAUUUUGGAAAGUUCUUUAAAUGCUGAGAAGCUUCUCUCAGCUGUAACAUUUAAUACUAGCAAGGUAUGGAUUUUAGAGAGCAAAAUAUUAGAGGAUGGGACAACCUUAAACACAUCAAUUAAAGCUGUGGUACUUGUAACUUAAUUGAUAUUCAAGGAUUGAACAUUCCUAUUGGCUAUAUAAAUCAAAUCUGAUUGGGUUCAUAGCUGAUGUUCUGUAUGACUAAAACUGGGUCUUUUGAAAAAUGACUUUGUUUAUAGAAUAACAUUUUCUCCAAUUCUCUGCAGCUGAUUUCCUUGUUCAUUGUUAUGUGAAUCCAGUAGGUUUACAAUUUCCCAUGGAAAAGCCAGAAUGCCUUGGUCAAGUUGCCAUUUCAUUUUACCAAUGGUAAUAUCCAAAGCUUCAAAAUACUACUGCCUAAAGAAUGUUUUUGGCAUUUCAAAUUGCUGAGGAUCAGUUCUAUUGUUUAGACACUUCAGCAAUCUCUUGACUUUGAGUAGUGUUGGUUCUUCAGUUAUUUUUGCUCCUUUGGUUAUGACCAAAUCGUAGAAUAUAUAUAUAAAUCCUUGUCAAUUCUUUGUCAUGCCAGGAAUGCUAGAGUGAUUUCAACUGACUGCAGAUCUUGCAAAGAGCAGUAUUUUGUUUGUAGAAAUUGGAAACUUUGCUCUGUUACACUGAAUUUAAGAUAAGCUAAUGUUAGCUUAAAGCACACCUUGAAAUGUUCCAACUGUGCAAGAAACCUUUAGCUAUAUUGUCAUACUCAUCAUUACAAGACAAAAUGAUUUCUAGCCAUCAUUCCACAACUGUUUGGUAAUGUAUGAGAAAAGCAUUGAUGGCACCUUUUCUAACAUCCAUCAGGUGGGAUAGAGUGAUUUGAUGGAAAUUUCCUAAAACUAAAAUUAUUUUUGGGAUAUCUCAGAAGCUGCUUGGCUGAAUACUAAACAACAGUAGUACUAUUACUACACUCAGUGUACAUGUGUGUUUAUAUAUAUAUAUAUAUAUAUAUAUGCACACACACAC